UACCUGAUUGAGAGUAAUUCCCUCAGACCCUCAUCAAUUCAUCAAUUUGUUCAGCAAUCUGUCUGUUUGUGUUUAGACUUGCGGGGAAUGAACUGGGAGAUUCAGGAGUGAAACUGGUUUCUGCGGCUCUGAGGAAUCCGGAGUGUAAAAUACAGAAGCUGGGUUAAGUAUCAGUCUGUGGGAGAUUGUGUUUACAGUCACUGGAUGUCUGACAUUGAACAUUAAUGUGAUCAGUAAUUGAGAUACAGGUAAACUCUGGGAAUUUGUACUACCUCCUCUCUCAGUGUCCUUCACCUUCUCUCAUCUCCAGGUUGGACAAUGUCGAUCUCACAGUUUCUGGCGCCGAGAAUCUUGCCUCCGCUCUCGGAACAAACCGAUCACUGAUGGAUCUGAACAUGGAUCGAAAUAAACUGGGAGAUUCAGGAGUGAAACUGGUGUCUGUGGCUCUGAGGAACCCGGAGUGUAAAAUACAGAAACUGGGGCUGUACAAUGUCGGUCUCAGGGAUUCUGGCGCCGAGGAUCUCGCCUCUGCUCUCAUUACAAACCCAUCACUGACGGAGCUGGACCUGGGAUUAAACUCACUGACAGACCGAUGUGUCCCCGCUCUCCGCCGCCUCAUACUGACCCUCCCGAGUCUGGAGCGGAUCUGGUGAGUGUUUGUGUUAAUGUUCAAUGUGAUGAAUUAUCAGCGGAUCCGUGGGUUUUCUGGUGAUAUUUAUCUGUGAGUGCUGUUGAAACAUUAACCCGGUCCCCUAUUACUGACACUGUUGUGUAAUCAGUUUAUUUCAUCCUUAUUCUCCCAUCUGUUUCAGGUUGCACUGGAAUCGGUUCAGUCCAACAGGAGAGAGGGAACUGAGAUCCCUGCAGGAACCCAGACCAGGACUGAGAGUGGAGUUGUGAAGAUCUGAAUGUGUGAACAUCCCUGCUCGCUGGAUGAGGACAUGUUGGCCGAUUUCCUGCAAUACACGUUUAAUUUCUAACUGUUCUAACAGAUCCUAGCUUCUGCCGAGCUCUCUGUGAUCUCAGAGGCGGUGCCGCAGUGACGUGAUUCCGCGUCCUAUCCAGUUCACACAUUCCUUAAUUUGCAUUUGUCAUGAUGAAAUCAAUAAACCGCUGUAACU